AUGUGCACGGUGGGCGCGAGGUGGUUCGACGCGCCGACACACGCGCGCGUCUCGUGUCCGCGCGCGACGAGGCGCACGCGCGCGACGCGCCUCGUGAAACCCCCGGUCGCGAACGGCGACCACCCCCGCGAUGUCGUCGCGUCAGCCAACAACGAACAACUGGCGGGAUCGCGUCGCGGGCUCCUCGCCGCGUCCGCGUUCCUCUCCGCGUCCUCGCUCCUCCCCGUCGAUGCCGCACGCGCCCUGGCGCUGACGACCAUCCCGGACGACGAUCAGAGGUACAUGGUCGGCGUGUUCCGACGCGGCGUGCCGUCGUUCGAGGACUGGUACGGAAUGACCUUUGGCGACCGCGCGAGAGCCAUCAAACUGGUCAAGCGCUUCGGCAUCGUGCGCACGCUGGUGGGCGGGAACGACGCGAUGUGGAGCGACAACAAGGCGCACGCCGUGCACGUCUUCCCGGUGUCCAAGUACGACGAGAUACACAAGUGGCACGCCACGGAGAACGAGUGGUGGCCGGACAUCGCGCUGUCCGCGGCGAGAGCCGCGCAACUUCAGACGCAGGAGAAGUUCAACGGCCUCGACGACACCGCCACGCUCAAGGGACCGCCCGACGCCUUCUACUUCACGCCGAGCGUGAUCGCGGACGCGACCGGCGGCGCACAGGGCGUGGACGUCCUGUUGAAGACCCCGGCGAAGGUUGGAUCCGGGGUUGCGUACGUGGAGACGGGUUUGGGAUCCGCGGGAAGAGGCUCGUUCGGCGCGUGGGCGAGCGACGUGCUCGGGGGAAGCGCGUCCUCCGAGGCGGCCAACGGCAAGGUGAAGAUACUCGCGUCCGUGGGUGGGGCGUCCGUGGGCGGGGCCGGGGACAGGGCGGCGGCGUUACACUGGUUCAAAUCGGAGUUUAAGGCGAAGGCGUACGCGUUUGAUUUUCCGUCGGACGGCGUAUGGGCGGCGAAGAAGAAGGAGGGCGGCGUGUCCGCGCCCUUCCACUCCGAUAACUUCAGGGUGGUGCACGACAUAUUCUGGUGA